AUGCCGCGAGAAGCCGAACCCUCGGUCAACGAAAAGGAGUUCAUCCUCAAGGCCCUGCAUGAAGGCGUCAGGUUAGACGGCCGUCCCUUCGACCAGUAUCGCACCAUCGACAUUUCCUUUGGCGAUGAGUACGGCGUCGUCGACGUGAGCCUCGGCAAGACGAGCUCGCCACCGAGCUCUCGCCCAUGGCGUCGCCGCACCUGGAGCCGGGCAAGCCCACCGACACGGAGAUGCUGCUGUCGCGGCUGCUCGAGAAGACGAUCCGCCGCUCCGGCGCCCUCGACAUGGAGUCGCUCUGCCUCGUCGCCGGCGCCAAAGGUGUGGAGCGUCCGCGCCGACGUCCACGUCGUCUCGCACGACGGCAACAUUGUCGACGCCGCCUGCCUCGCCGCCGUCGCCGCCCUGCGCCACUUUCGCAAGCCCGACGCCCAGGUCGAGGGCGAGGACCUCACCGUCUUCACGCCCGCCGAGCGCGAGCCCGUGCCCCUCGGCUGGCUGCACUCGCCCUUUUGCGUCACCUUUGCCCACUUCGCCGCCAAGGACGACAGCAGCCCCGACCAUGACGGUGGCGACGUGACGCUGCUCGACCCCGACUGGCGCGAGGAGCAGCUGCGCGUCGCCUCGUGCACCAUCAGCCUCAACAAGCUCGGUGAGGUGUGCCAGGUGUCCAAGCUCGGCGGCGACGCCGUCGAGGCCACGACGCUGCUCCAGUGCGCGGCCCGUCGCGGCCCGCAAGGUCAAGGAGCUGUCGGACCUGGUCGACAGGACGCUGGCCGCCGACGCCAAGAGGAGAGACAAGGGCGGCCUGAUGGCUGA